AUGCUCCAUGCAGCCCCUCAACCUGUCAAGAUAGACAGACAGCAAAGUGCUCUGAAAUCGACCUCGAGCAACCCGGAUCUCGACUACGGCCUCUUUCAACAACGACAUCCCGUAAAGGGGUCGUCAAGCGGAGCGAGCCUGCGCGGUGUACGCUGUUACGAGGUGCCGGGAACAAUCAACGGUGUUUCCGUCAAUGCGCUUCCGGACUGGGGCUCUACGGUGGACGCGGUCUCGGAGGCCUUUGCGAUUCAGCACGGCUUGCAGAUCAGUCCAACCAAGACGCAGUCCAUACGGCUUCUCGGGGGGCACACUGCAGACAGCAUCGGCCGGGUUGUUGUCCAUUUCAAGUUCCGAGACGAAGAAGCCGCUUAUCGUCGUGAAUUCCAUGUGCUACGGAAAUCCGUGUGUGACGUGGUCUUAGGCAGGGGUUUCCUCGACCUGUCCAAGACGUUGACUGAGCAUUGUUAUCGCGUUAUCGAACGCGUUCGCCCCUGCGUCCGAAACGGAAGGCGCCUCUUCCUCCUAGACGAGUCUCCGAACGAACAUCUUCGCUGCAACGUCAAUGGCGCCAGGGCCUCGGCUUUUCUAGAUACUGGGUCGGAUCUCAUGCUUGUCUCUGGAGAGUUUGCGCGCCGUAACAAGCUUCGCGUUCGCCGCGGUAGAAGGUACACGAGGCGGGUGGAACUCAUCGAUGGCUCCUUCAUUCAUACCGAUGGCAUGGUUCUCGACGCCAUGCUGGAGCUCGACGCAUGUGACAGGAUGGGCACGCAAGAACUUGACUACGACUGCUAUCUCGACUACGCAGCCAGGAUUUACAUUCUCACUGGACAGAGCGGAUACACGAGCAAGGAAACAUAUAUUUGCGACCUCCACGUCAUCGACGAUCUUCCUUGCGACAUUAUCUUCAGCAACGAGUUUAUAUUUCGGAACCGCAUCUUUUCUAGGUUCAUCAACGAGUCAGGACAGCGAUGCGUCAACAACACCGAGUGCUUCGCGACUAGCAUCCUCGUGGAAUGA